ACCUACGCAAGGCCGAUCUACGUAAGGCGAUCGCACAAUUAUUUACCUCGUGAUCGGCAUCGAGGAGCAGAAGACCAUCUCGACGCCCCGAGCGACACGUGAAAGUGGGGUAGAUAGCAUCUUGCUCUUGAGAUUCUUCUUGACCAUCGAAUAUCGACAGUGACCGCUCGAGGGAGAAGUCAAAAUCGCGGUUAUUUUGCUUUUAUGGGACGUUGUGUGGUGAGAUGUGAUUUUCUGAGGAAGAUCUGUGUGGUCGGGGGUGGAAAGUGGUUCAAGAUGCCUUCGGAUGUGGUGUCUUUCGCUGUGUCCACUGGACUGGGGGUCAGUGUGCUCGCGGGGAUCAUUUCAGGGGUUUGUUAUGUGUUGGCGCAUGGGAUCAAGAGAAAAAGUGGUCGAAAACCAAGGGAGUGGUACUGUGACGUAUGCGGCACCUACCUCCGCUCCAUAGAUGGUAUUCUAGAGGGCGACAAAGUGGUGACCUGUUCAAAAUGCAAGGCCAGGAUUUGCAAAUAUCGGUGCUCCAAUCUAACACAGCGGGAAGGGUGGAUGUGCACCUCUUGCCUCAGGCCUUCAGAGUCUUGGUUCCAAGGAAUCCUCAGUGCAAUACAUCCCAGUAACAAAGUGGAUAUGACAACGAAGAUGAAUACGGAUUCCUUGAAUGAAAUAGACGAAGACUUAGAGGCUAUCCGGAAAAAGGAGAAAGAGCAAGUGAGAGACUUCAUAGAGCGGUUGGUUAAUGUUAUGCUAGGAGAAAACGUAGAUGACGCUAGCGUGUCCAAAAUAUACAACGAUUCACAUUAUGACGGCAUAUUCGCCAGAUAUCAUCAAGAUCUCAGUAACGCCCUUACCGAUUUGGGGUCAGCCUUGCAUAUAUCCAUAGCUAAUUUACCAAUCACUGGCCAGUCUCCCUGUACGGCGCACGCGGCAUUAAAACAACUAAUCGAAAGGCUCCUGAGGGAGGCAGUGAACCUUCCCAGCCUACAAAAAGCUCAAGAACAGCCCGUCGUUCCUCCCGACGAAAGCAACAGGACUUACGAGGACCUCCUAGCAACUGCCAUAUUAAACAAGGUAUUAACUAGCUGCCAAAACAAUUUGCCAUCCUCCUCGGCAGCGAGCGUCUCAAGUAGGAUAUCGAACUCGUCGCGCAACAGAGACGAAAAGGAGUACUUCUUUGGGGAAGAGACCAUAGACAACAAAUGGAAAACGACGGAUUUAGAUAGCUCGUCGUUAUCCAGCUUGGAUGAAUGGUUGCAGAGCGACUCGAGCUUUGGUUCCAAGAAAUACGUGGAUCGAGUAACUCUUACGAUAAAGCAAGAUAUUGAAGAAGUAUCACAGACAGAGUCCGAAGAUGAACGCGAGGUCGACGACAGUGAAUAUUUCCGAAAUUCGUUACAGAACGAAGACGAAUCGAACUGGUUCCUGCAGAAGAAGCAGUUCCAAGGCACCCACUCGCCGGUGCCAGUACCCAUGUUGGUACCAAAUCCCACCACUGAAGCAAAGGUGCUCAUCGGCGACAAGGAAGUGGACGACACGUCCGACUUGUCGGACAUAGCGUCCGAUUAUGGCGAUCCGGAUCCGAUUCCGGGCAGGCAAAGCAUCCUCGUCGAGUCGAAGAUGAUUAUCGGCGGGAAAAAUCCUCUGCAGAAUGGAGGAUCCGAAAGCGAGUCCUCUGCAGACUCUGGUGUCAAGGAAGUGGACAGCCAGGAUAGAAGCGGCUAUGAUGGGCCUAUAUUCUCACCCAAGACGGAUAUCACGGUGGAUGAUGAUAAUGUGGAAGAUGCUUCCAUACUUUCUGUGUACAGCAACACCGAAAAAGAAGCAGAGUACACAGAAAGGUAUGGGUCAUUGCCAAGAACGAUUAUCAAGACACCUACGCCACCCUCAAGGCCUUCUCUGCAAAAGCCCAAAUUACCUGAAAGUACAAAUGAAGUAGAACUUGUAAAUAAAGAGGUUAGAGAACCGGAAGAAGUUGAUAACGAUGACGAAGAUAAGAACGAAGAAGAGUUUCCAGGGAGUUACAGUAAAAGAGAGAAAGAAAAGUGGAAAUAUGCCAUAGAAAUGAAGAAUAAUCCUUAUUCCAAAGAGAACAUUGAAAAGAGGAUAAAGAGGUCAAACAGUGCUGCCAGUUCUUUAUUUGGUCCAGACUACUACGCUCGACAAGCGUCGUCUCCAUCGGGAGGGAAAGUAAAUUCAACGGAGGCAAAAGAAGUUGUUUGGCCCCCACCGGAACCCAGAGAAGAAGACGGCCUUCAUAAAGCCAUUCCGGUUUUCAUAUCUCAGGAGGAAGAGGCUCCGAUCAGUCCUGAAAUAAAGUAUCAGACACCUUCGGUAAUAGAAGUAGCGGAAUUGGCCUCUUCCGAAUUGACCAGCGACAGCGAUUUGAGCUACGUCAAUUUCUAUGACGUGGAAAACUCUCAGAUCUACAAAAGGACGAAGAACAGCGAACAAGUAACUCUUAUAGAAGCACGGAUUCUACCUGAAGAACCAGUCAUUGAUAUGCCAUCAGUUGAAACUGAAAAAUCCGACAUGAACGGUAAUUUGGCAAGCGAAAAGGACAAGCAUCCUUCUGCAGACAGCGCAGAAGCAAGUGGUCAAGAAAGGCCUUCCACAAAUGAAAGAAAAAUCAUAAGUAAAGGCAAGAUAGAAGACAGACCCAAUUUCGUAAAGGCUACACCGACUGUUAGACAAAGGACCUUACCCCAAAAGGACAAUUCUCAAAUUUUGAAGAGGUUUAAAAGCGAGACCGACUUGCUUGAUGAUUCAUUCGAUAAACCCCCAACUGUCAUUAGUAGGAAAAAAGACAACACACUCAUUUCCAAGAUAUAUCUUGAUCCAAACGUUCGCAAUUUCGCUCUGUCAAACAGAAACCAACUUCCUGUGCAAGAUGUAGAAAUCAGCAAACCACCUCUUAGGAACCAACUCAGCUUGGAUGCCACUGUAUUAGCUCACGCGAUGAAUAACAACGUGAAACAGCCUUCUUACAAUUCGGACGACGGUUUGUCAUCAAACUACAUCCGCAAAAAGUCCUAUUACAGUUCAGAAGAAGACUUAAGCUCCAAUCAUUCAGCUGUUAACGAAAGCAACUCCGCUUUUAAAGGUUUCCAAAACCCAAACGUAAGGAGCUACCGACUACACUCAAGACCAUCGGUGAGUUCAGAAGACGGGCUGCUCUCGGACAGUUCAUUGAGUUUAGAGAAGCCUAGACCAAAAAGUACAAGAAGCCUUAUUUACAGUUCCAGUGAAGACUUACUGUCGAUAGAUGAACCUGAAAAGCUACCGAAAAGAAGGGAUAACACCCUGAUUUCGAAGAUAUACCAAGACCCAAACGUACGAAACUUUGCUUUAACAAACAGGGAAUAUAUUCCUGUUUCCGAAGAUACGAUACCAAAAUCACCCAGAUAUCUAUCUAGUUCUAAUGAAGAUUUGCUCUCAGAUCACUCCGUCCAUCAGUUUAGGGACGUGGAGAAAACCCUUGUCAAAUCACACGAACCUAACGGAACUUCUAUAACUUCCGGUAUGAGCCUGGACAGUUUGAAAAUAGAAGAGAUUCCAGCAACACCUAAAAUAAAGCAAUCCGCAAGGGAAGAAAUUACGUAUGAAAGGAAAAUGGCCACUCCUGAUCCCGAUAUCAAUGAAUUAGCAAAGAAAAAAAUCGUUCACAAUAUACUGGGCCAGUUUACUAAAUCCCAACCUAACUUGGUGGGUACUUCCAGACUCGAGAUACCAAAAGAGAGAAAAAUGUCGACCGAUUCCGAGGAAAUCAGUAUUUCUGUUAAGGACUUGAAGAAGAGAUUCGAGAAUAACGAUGCUAAGAGCACGGUAGUUUCAAGUUUAACGGCUAGAAGUCUGUCGAAACAGAUGCGGGAAACAUUGAGGAAUUGAGGAAAAGAAAACUGUUAUCCAGGAAAGGAAGCCCCUACCGUCACUGUAGUGACUGAAAAAAUAUUUUUGGAAAUUAAAUCAGCCGAUGUAUUUAUUUAUUUAUUAGUAUUAUGUAAAUCCAAAGAUAUUAAUUACAUAUUGUAUUAAACUAUACAAUUUAGCUUUAUAUUCACUGUACAUACCCAUUUUUAUAUACAAAUAUUGUUAUUAUAUACUUAAAGUUACCUUUAGAUGUCUACGAGAAGUGUAUCCCUUCGCUGUUGAAUGCAAAUAAUAAUCUGCCAAGAUUUUAAGUCAAUAAAAUUUUUAUCAUUGUUCA